CGCAUCUUCUGGCUCCUGGCUCUUGCCUGCUCACCACCGCUGCUGAAAGCCAGCUGCCCGCUCAUCGCCGCCCGCUGCCACCUGCCACCCUCUGUUGCCACCUGCCACCCUCCCUGCCCUGUUUCGUUAUCUCCGUUUGUGCAUCAUGGAUGAGAUCGCUGCCUCGCCAAUCACCAGCACUAACCGUCUGAAGCACCGCCUGCGACCACACCGGCUCAACCUGCACAUCUCGCAAAAGCCUCGGUUCGACGUCAAGCAGACCUAUCCCGACUACCUCGACACUCUGCUAGACCACCUGCUGGGCCUCCAGAAUGUCCGGGCGGGCGACGAUGCCGUGGUCUCCUAUCGCUUCACACAGCUUGCCGUCGAGCACGCCCAGGCCAAGUUCCGGCCGCAAAUCAAGCAGCCGCCAGCAGCAAAGCGUGCAGCUCCCGCCCCGACUUCCGAGUCGGGACGAAAUGGCUCGGGAGACUCUAAAGAUGAAUGGCGCAUGUGGAUCCACAGCGGCGCUGCGGCCAAGCUCCGGGUUCUCAAGAACCGGUGUGUUCGCCAUCCCUCCAAGACCACCAACUGCGAGUUCGUUGAGCUGCUGCUGAGCCUUUACGAGCAUCCCGUCUCCGAUGCGAUAAACCUCGGCAUCAUUGAGUUGUACAUGAGCGAGGCCGCCAUGUUGCCGAUAGAGAGCGGCAGCUCCGAUGCAGACGUCUCUCUGUCGGUCGAAAGCGGCGUUCUCUCGCCCACCUCGGAGGCCGAGACCCAGGGACUGUUGGUCGAGGACGCCUGGAACGAUGUAUUUAACAUGCCGGCACAAGGCCUCAAGCCGUCAGUCGAGCUGCAGAGCUUCAUAACGGCGACGAUGCGUGCUGAACCUCCGUCUUCCUGGCCGGUUUGGCUGCCGGGCCAAGACCCGCAUGUGCUCUCGCCUGAAGUCGUGAGCUCGUCUGUAUACAACUUCUUCCGGAACCUGUCGGGCGUGCUUGCCUCGCCGGGACUGGAGUUUAUCUAUGAGCCACAGUUUUUGGCAACCUGGGAGCAGCAGCCGUUGUACCUUCGCUAUGCCGUUGUCUCUCUUGGUCUGUACAAGCAAAGUCAAGAGCCCCAUGAUCUGCAGGCCAUUACCCCCGUCUUCAACAAAGCGAUGGACCUGGUGAUGCUGGACAUGGACUCAACCCGGAUCGAGGUCCUUCAGUCUCUGAUUCUGCUGUCCCGCAAUGCAUGGUAUCAGGGCAAUGUCCGGCUUCGCGAGCAGCUGAUCCGCAUGGCAGCUCGAUUCGGCAGAUAUCUGAAGCUCGAUCGUCCCGAGUCUGAGCAGUUCCAUAUCUCCACCAACUGGGUUGAGCAAGAGACGAUGCGGAGAACGUGGUACCAAUGCGUCUACAUCAUCUACCAAAUGAGACACACAGUGACCCCAUACAAUUCAUCCUGUAUCUUGAGCGAAGAUGAUAUCACAAAUAUCGCAAUACCUCAGUACCCCCCGCAGUACCAGUGGAUCUGGAACGACAUCGAGCACAACUACAAUGGCAUCGACACCGACACGAUCUCGCACCUCCUCCCGCCCACGGUUGAUCCGUCGCUCCCAAACUUCCACGUCGAUCUGUUCCACUUUAUGGAGAUCGAGGGAUAUGGCGUUCGAUAUCUACGGCUACUGAACGAAGGGCCUAUCUUUCCCGAAUACGAUCCGUCGCCCACCGCCCAUCAUAGGAAGCUCGAGAUGGAGAAGCUGCGGUUGGAGUACCAUACUUGGAGAGGCAUGCAGAACAAUGCGCUGUGGACCUGGUAUGGCGGCUUGCCAGAGUGGAUGCGGGACAUUCCCCAUUCGAUCCAGAUGUUUGGAAGCAGACCCAUCUUUGGCAUAACCACUCGCGACGUCCUGAUGUGGAACAUCAUGUUCUAUGGAAUGCUCGUUAUCGUCAAUUAUCCAGCCAUGAUUGAAGAACUUUGGAACCACUCCGAUACGGACCGGUCAUUUCUGCCGAUCUUCAAGCACUGCCAGGACACCGCAGCACACCUUCGCAAUCUGCUAAUCCUGUACGAAAGCUUGGGAAAACAAAAGGAUGGAUAUCGGUCAAGCUCGAUCACACAUUUGAUCGUGCUUCUCCAGACUCUCUGCCUAGGCUUCUACGCGUCAAAAAAGACUGUGUGGGGGUAUUUCGGCUCGUGGACAAAGGCUCUGACCGAAGGCCUAUUCUUCAAGAAUAAGAGCUCCGCUCGCACGCUGGUGAUUGAACAUUCUCGGCGAUGUGCCGAGCUGAAAGAUCAGCCGAUUCGCAUCUCGGCCCAAAGGCUGGCGGUGGACCCAGUCUACUAUCGGAUCGCCAAGAAAUGCCUGGAUCUCAACCGGUCCAAGAUGAAGUUCUUCUGGGACAUAUCGCUUGGCCCCUGGGUGACGACUUUGAUGUGGGAGACCGUCAAGGCCAAUCUGGCCGACCCCGCCGCUGAGGAGCUGACCGAGAUCCCAUGUAGAUAUACCGAUGAAGAGCUGAUUCGCCGCGUGGAGAUGCAGAACAGCUAAUGCAAAGCAGCCAGUACUGAACAGCUAAUACAGAACAGCUAAUGGAGAGCAGCCAAUACAUAACAGCCAAUACAGAACGAACCGGCACUGUGCCCUCAUUUGUGUUU